AUGAUUUUCGAGUUCUUGUCAAAGUAUUUCCCAUCGCAAGUAAGCCAUCAGUAUGUUAAAUUGACUCCAACAAAAAUACGUAGGAAGUGAAGGAAAAAAAAAAACAGAACUAUGUUUGUCUAGAUACUAACCGAUUUUUUGUUUAGAGCUGCUGGCAUCACGUUGGAAGAACUUCAGGCAUUGACGUUAUGGGAAAGAGUCAAGUUGAGGGAUUGGAGGUUAGAGUUUUUCACGCUUGGGUUUAUCUUGCUAUUCAUCGCCUUGUUCAAAGCCGGCGAUUUGUACAGUCAAGCCAAGGUGACAAACUUUUUAAAAGGGAUUGAACCAACUUUCAAGAAGCAAUUUUACCAAUUCGGAGUCACGCCAAACAAGCUUUACGUGAAAGAUAGCGCUGAAAACUACUCAUCUUAUGCCACGGGACGUUUGAACAUUUCCAAAGUCGACUUGAAGUUUAGCCUCGUGCCUAGACAAAACAUUUUCCUCUGGAUCAUGGAGACUGGGUUCAGCUUAUUCACAAGUAGUGUCGCUGCGCCACAAGACAAGGUUGAAAUCACCAUUACUCCUCUGGGCAAGUACGACAAUUUCAUUUCCGCUGUUGUUUCCAAAUUGGGGAUGAACGACGCCAGAAAGUUCAACUACUACUUGUCCUUGUGCAAAACUUCCGACUCUCCAAACUUGCCAGAAAGCUUUGUGUACAUGAGCGAAGUCAACGAGUUUCAGGAGAAAAUCACAACUGCUGAGUUGAAAAACUCGCUUACUUUGCAGAGUGCCUCCUACGUGAAAUUGGUGGCAUUCACCGACCAGCCAGCUGUCAAGCCUGAAACCUUGAGAGGGUUUGCUCCUCAAAGAAGAGUGGUUAUCGAGUUGUCUCUCACAAACAACAAGGAGGCCAUCAAGGUCAUCAACAACGUCUUUGACGCGGUGUUUGACCUCGUUGACAAAUUGUCCGAGCAAACCAUCACCUUCAGACCCGAGGCAAUCAAAAAAGUAGUCAAGACGAGAGAGUUGGAACUUGAAAAGUUGAAAAAGAUUGAACAAGAGAUUCAAAAUGAGAAAUUGGCCGACGAACAAGCGAGGUUGAAGAGGGAGGAAAGAGAGAAAUUGAGAAGCUUGUCGAGAGAAGAGCAAUUAAAGGCAGAGAAGAAAGCGCAGGAGAAGAAGCAAAAGAAAUUGCAAAAGAAACAAAGAAUCAAGAUGUAA